AUGUUUAAUCGCAGUUGUUUGAUGCGAUUUAAAAUCGGCAGACGCAUGACUUUUCCUUGUAUUGAGCGGUUCUUCGGUACUUCAAGUGAUGAUAGUGCUAGUUCGCAAACUGAAAGCCUGCAAAGAUUUGAAAUAUCAGGGAAAAGUGCGCCCGAAAUUAGGAAGGAAUCAAGAAUCACAACUUCCAAAGCUACAACAGAUGAGAAUUUAAAACCAGAAAACAUACGAAAAAAAUUAUUGGAGCUUAAGCGAAGAAAGAACUGGAAAAAACCGAAAGUAAAUGAAGUGGCAACGGAAGAAAUUUUGGCAGCUAUUAAUUCCAUAGUUAAGGACUUCCAUUAUAAUGGCAUCUCUGAUGAACGAAGAACCAGAAAUGAAUUGAUUGGAAAGUUGAUGGAAUAUGAGAAGGAAAAAUUUGAAGCGGCAACCAGUGCACAAUACAGUGAAUUGUUAUCCGAUAGAUCUUUUGCCACUUUUCUAGAAAGUCUUAAGGAUGAAACAGCUAGACCUCCACCAAGGGCUGUGGAAAAGCGACAAAUGCGCCAAGGGCUAUUACUGCUGAAGCGUGAAAUAUUUUAUCAAGCUGUUCAGUCAGCUCACAAAGUAGAGGAUGCUCGUAGAAUUGCCGAGUAUGCAGUGAAAAUAGCCGAAAAGAGGGCAGCUGGAAAACAAGAAAUUCUGAUGCAAAAUUAUACAGAAGAACAAAAGAAGAAUAUGCUGGAAGAAAUUGAGCAGACCGAAAAAGAGAGUGCUUUUUAUAAUAUCGCACUACAAUUAGCAGGCAAAAUGAUUUAUCCGGAUGGUCUAUUAUCAGAUGAACCGCAUAUAGCUUCUUCCAAUGCUAUUCAUCCCGAUUGUCGUGUGAAAAACAUAUUCAAAAAUACUGAGAACAAGUUGAACAUUUUCAAAAUAGCGGAUAUACCAAAAUUGAAAGAUCACUCAGUGAAGCAGUGGUGUAAAUGGGAUAAAGAUGCUGCAGCGAUAUGGAACUCUUCAUUCGGUCCAUCUAAUGCCUUCGAGGAAAUGAUUGAGCUAACAAAACAAGGGAAAAUGUGGCCUUAUCCAAUCGACAACGAAUAUCAGAUUGGCGAUGAGGAAAACGUUGACUUUUACAACCAUAUAUUUCUGGAUAAAUAUCUCGCCCGGUACAGCUUACCAGAAGAAGGACCUGUCGCACAAUUUAUGGAGCUAGUUUGUAUAGGAUUAUCUAAAAAUCCCUAUAUGUCAAUCAAGAAAAAACAUGCUCAUCUUGAUUGGUUUGCCAACUAUUUCAAAGAGAAAGCAAAAGAAAUUAAACGGAUCCAAGAAAGUGCCGGUGUGUUAAUGGAAGGUUCGAUUUAA